AUGACGCCUCGAGUCAAGCGUAAGGAGGGUCCUCAUUCUUCUUGUACAGAUCAGGGCUGAUCUGACAUGCAGAACAUGGCUUUCUCUUCUACUGCGGCGCCUUCUUCCUGGUAAUUUUCGGGCUCUGGAAAUUCUCCGACUUCGAAGAAGACGCCAAGUCCAAGAAGCACAGCAAGAGAUAUCGAGAAUGGGAAAAGGAAGACGCGGAGCGACGGAAGCGAGAGGGAAAGAAACCAAAGAAAUACACCGCGGGACUGUUCUAG